AUGCGACAACCCCAACCACCACCCAAACCCUCCACCCCUCCACCACCACUCCACCGUAACCGACCCCACUACAAAUCCCCCCCUCCACACUCACCUCCCCACAAAAAACCACCCACCCACCAUCCCCCUCCCCCACACCCCACCCCACUCACCCCAUCCACACACCCCACAACACCCCCCACCUCCAACCCCCCCCACCCAUCACCCCCACCCCACCACAUCCCACCCGCACCACACCCACACCUCCCCACAAAAAUACACACCCCACUCGCCCUAUUCAUCAAGACCACACCCGCCACACCACAAAAAAUAAAAUAA